CACCGUUACAUACCUAUGAUGUCUUAUGAUGCAAUCUUUUUUCACACUCUCCAUCCAAAGAUGUGUAAGAGGACCUAUAUAAAUUAUGAAAAUGCUGGCUUGUCCUGAUCAUAAUUCACAACCUCGAACUCCCAGCCCAAUUCUAAGUGCAUCAACCACUAUAUCCCUUUUGUUGACCGUACCCAUACCACCAACUUUCCAUCAAAAUGAACGACUACGACAAGGUUCGCGUGGCUUUCGACGCCGAGAAGGAUUUGAACUCCUACCAGGCUAAGCAGGGCCUUGGUAAGAAGAGUGACUCCACAUUGGAAUCCGGAAUCGAUGAGAUGGUCGAGAGAAAGUUCGAGACUGGCGUUAGAACCGGCCGAGAGGCUCUUGCCACUGGAAGCAACCGCAAACCCAUCCCUGAAGAUGAGGGUGGCAGCCGUGACGACCGUGGGCGUCUUGCACCGGCUGAAGCAUUUGAGGGCCCUGGCGGUCCUGAGGAUAAGGUGAAGCUCGACUCGGAGCGUCGUCCUGGCGACCAAGACACCCUGGAUAUUCAGGAUUUGAAGCGCGCUGGCCUUGCUGAAUAAAAUCAUCUAAUGUACUAUACCUGUAACGAAUAAAUCAUGAGGCAUGUGAAGAUUUU